CCAGGACUCAAAUACUCGCGCAUGUGCUUUGCAUAAGUACUCAAAGCAAAGAUUAUGAUACGUCUGACUAUGCAACGAAUGGUAACGCAUGAAGCACUGAGCACCUCCCAAUCGGUGCCUGUUUUAAGUUCAUGAGAUGUGAAUAGCAUGCUUGAUAAGUAGCCCGGCGUAGAAAUCGACUCUGUACCCACGGCUAUCGACAUGGACGUUCACAAGAGGAUCUCCGCAGCAAAGGACACGGACAUAGUAAUCCACACAGUGGACAUGCAUACGUCUGGCGAACCGACCCGCAUCGUGGUGUCAGGAUAUCCUGAGCUCCGUGGUCAUACCCUACUGCAAAAGAGGGCCUAUGCGAAGGAGCAACUGGAUCAUCUACGCACUAGGUUGAUGUGGGAGCCGAGGGGCCAUACAGACAUGUACGGAGCGUUGCUGGUACAGACCACGGAGAUGACAGAGAGCGGGCAUGCGGACAUUGGAGUGCUCUUCAUGCACAAUGAGGGAUACUCGACGAUGUGCGGACAUGGGACGAUUGCCCUCGGGCGAUUCUUGAUCGACACGCAAGACAGAUCGGUCUUCCCUCUGCGCGAGCAGCUGAAGUACGACGCCGAGAAGCGCGAAACGGAGUUGCGACUGCACGCGCCGUGCGGUGUCGUGCAUGUAACAGUGCCGACAGUGAUGGAUGACGGCAAGGCGCGCUCGGACGAGAGUCGGCCAGUGACGUUCAUCAGCGUGCCCAGCUUCGCGUCAGCGCGGGACGUAUACGUGGACAUACCGGAGACCGAGCGCUGGGCAGCUCUCCGCGCGAAGGGUGGAACGCAAGUGCGCGUUGACGUCGCGUACGGAGGCGCGUUCUAUGCCAUCGUGGAAGCGACAGAGCUCGGGUUCGAGGGCAUCGUAGGCCGCGGGAUCUCGUUGCGAGAACUAGACGAGGCGACGGCGACGCUGAAGAGGCUUUUGGCGGGUCGGCGGGAGCUAGUGAGGCACCCGAGCGAGCCGGAGCUGGAGUACCUGUACGGGGUCAUCGUGACCGACGAAGCAGAGGGCGCACGCCGCAGCGUCGGGCUGUGCUUCUUCGCGGAGCAGGAGGUGGACCGCUCGCCGUGCGGGUCCGGGGUGAGUGCGCGCGUCGCCGCGGCGGUCGCGGCGGGACGGAUGGCGGUGGGGGAGACGGCGCUGUUCGACUCGCCGGUCAGCGUGGGCGGCGGCGACGGCUUCACGGGGACGGCCGUGGCGGAGGUCGCCGUGGGCGGGGCGGCGGGCGUGCGGGUGGCGGUGGGCGGGCGGGCGUGGUACACGGGGGCGCAUGUGUUUGUGUGCGAGGGCGGCGACGCGCGGGUGGCGGGGUUCCUGUUUCGCGACGCCUUAAGUAUGACGUAG